UCUAGAAAAUUUUCAUGUUCGCCGUAGCCAGGGGAAAACUGCGAAAACACAAAACACGAUACGUAUUUGCAUUACCCACAAAGUCCUGUGCAGAACCGAGCAAAAGCGAAAUUUUCAUCGGGUUUUUUUCCUAACAGCACAAGAAAAUUCUCCACCGCACGCGUACGAAUCGGGUCUGGGUUGGUUCGGCAAGCAGUGGUGAAAGGGGGGGCGCGGAAGCGAGAGCAUCCGUCCGACUGCACCAUCGCCACCGUCGCGUAUCGGGUUUGCUCCUGCUGGAAACCCCCUGACCGAAACCGAAAGCCCCAUACCGAUCCUUAAAAACCACACAGCUAGUGGGGGUGUUUAUUGGGUUGGCGGACGUGCGUUCCUGUGUGUGUUCGGUGCGUUAUGUGGUCCUUCUUCUCGCGCGACUCGUCCAAAGACUUUCCGUACGAGAUCGGCGAACAAGUGCAACAGUUUGACACGAAAAGCAUCUGGAGUCUGCACCGUGGCAAGCGGAAAGGUACGAACGAUGAGGUGUCCGUCUUCACGUACGACAUCAAGAACGGGUCGGACGUUAAGCUCGAGCUAGCGAAGGCCGCACUGAAGCGGCUGAAAACGCUGCGCCAUCCGAGCAUCCUGCAGUUUUUGGACUGUCUGGAGACGGACAAGGUGCUGUACGUGGCGACCGAACCGGUCGAACCGCUCGGUACGCACAUCGGCAAGCUGGCGGCGGAAGGACCGCAACGGGACCUCUACCUGGCCUGGGGUAUCUUUCAGAUCACGCGUGCACUAUCGUUUCUCAACAACGAUGGCAACCUGCGACACAACAACGUAUCGGUCUGGUCCGUGUUCGUUAACACGUCCGGCGAAUGGAAGCUGGGCGGGCUGGAGUACGUAUCCUCGACCGAGCUGCCGGUCGUACCGCCGAUCAAAAUACCGCCCUCGCUGGAAAUUUACGAUCCGCCGGAAAAGAGUGACCCGAACAAGCUCAAAACGGCCACCAAAUGUUCGAGCGAUAUGUGGGGCCUCGGCUGUCUGGUGUGGGAAUCAUUUAACGGGCCGCUGAAAACGAGAGGCAACCUGAAAAACAUUGAAGGCAUCCCAAAAUCGUUGGCCCCCUUGUACUGUGAGCUGGUCGGGGCAGCACCCGCGAGCCGACCAAAUCCUGCCGACGUAAUUACCAAAUGCCGCAAACCGGGAGGAUUUUUCAAAAACGAUCUAGUGGACUCGCUACUGUUUCUGGAGGAAAUUCAGAUCAAGGACAAGGUGGAAAAGAUGCGAUUUUUUAGUGCACUUACGGCACAGAUAGACAACUUCCCGGACAAUGUUUGCAGGCACAAAAUUCUUCCCCAACUAAUAACGGCCUACGAGUACGGAGAUGCCGGAUCAGCGGUGUUAGCCCCAAUGUUUAAGCUCGGACGUUUGCUCGAAGAAGCCGAAUAUCAGAAGCGUAUAGUGCCAUGCGUUGUGAAGCUGUUUGCAUCGACCGAUCGCGUUACGCGGUCCCGCUUGCUGCAGCAGCUCGAUCUGUUUAUCUCGCACCUGCAGCCGAACGUGGUGAACGAUCAAAUAUUUCCCCAAAUAGCGCACGGCUUUCUCGAUACCAAUCCAACCAUUCGGGAGCAAACCGUGAAAUCAAUCAUCCAUAUAGCACCAAAACUAAAUUACAACAAUUUAAACGUUGAAGUACUGCGCCAUUUUGCCCGGCUUCAGUCGCGAGACGAUCAGGGCGGCAUUCGAACGAACACGACGGUGUGUCUAGGUAAAAUUGCACCGCAUCUACAUCCACAGGUCCGACAACGCGUGCUGGUGUCUGCAUUUAUACGAGCGAUGCGUGAUCCGUUUCCACCGUCGCGUGUCGCUGGUAUACUGGCGCUCGCCGCUACCCAGCAGUACUUUCUGCUGAACGAGGUUGCCAUCCGCAUACUGCCCGCCCUGUGUCCGCUCACGAUGGACCCGGAGAAAUCGGUACGCGAUCCUGCCUUCAAAACGCUGCGUGGAUUCCUCGGCAAGCUGGAAAAGGUGUCGGAAGAUCCGAGCCUGCGCGAGAGUAUGGAGGCUGACGUCCAUACGGCUACCCCGUCGCUAGGUAAUGCGGCCGCAACCUGGGCCGGAUGGGCAGUGACAGCCGUUACCGCCAAAUUCUACCGCAGCCAAAGUGACACGGCCCGGCCGAGGCCACCACUAACGGGUAAAACAUUGAGUAAACCUGCUUCUUUGGAGCAACCUUCAAGCAGCAGCAUAUCAACUACGACCAGCAGCGUUACGUCGAUGACCUCGCUAGAGCACGAAAGCGCUGACACCUCUGCCUCGGCAAGCGAUUACGGGCCCGACAAUUGGGAUCAGGAAAACUGGGGCGAUAUGGACACUUCACAGGAUCCGAGCAGUCCAAUGGCGGGCACGUCUAAUCAGCUUACCGCGAACCUAAACAUGGUCGGAAGCGUUAGCGAUAUGCGCGACGGCUGGGAUAAUGAAGACUGGGGAAGCCUCGAGGAAGAUCCGAACGAAACCGAACUGAAUGAAAAGGACGAAGAUGAACACAAUCGGGCACAGCAGAAGGAAGCGUCGCAUAUGGCACACCCGUCCGCAAUGCUAUCGCACGUCGGUGCCUCGAUCAACAGUGGUGGUCGUGGGGCUGGUGGCAGCAGCAGUAGCAACAGUACCACCACCAACAACACGACCAGCUCGUCCGUGACGGACAGCAGCACGGUAAAGGCUAGCAGCAACAACAGCAGCAGCAGCAGCAGUACGUGCACCAGCACCAACACCAGCAACAGCAACAACAACACCAUAGCGAAUCAUAUCAGCAGCCCUAGCAAAAUGAUCGCACUGAAGAACAUGAACAAUCUGCUCAACACGGGCAGCAGUAACAGCAAUCAACUGACUGGUUGGAACAAUGGGGGCGGCGGUGCGGCUGGCGACGGAUGGGGCGACGGUGAAUUUGAAUCGCUCGACGAACCAAGCGCGGGCACGAACGCGAAAAUGGACGAAGCGCGCCGAAAGCGGGAGGAGAAAAAAAUGCAGCGGCAACGCGAGCUGGAAGCAAAGCGAGCCGCCCGCACCGGUUCCGGCGGUGGCCCGAUGAAGUUAGGUGCCAAAAAAAUUUAAUCCGUACGGCGUACUGCUCUCGAUGAUUGGGGCGGUCCCUUCCGUCUCCAGGUGCGUUGCACGCCAACCGUCCGGUGCGUGUGGCAGGGUUCGUGCUAGGAAAAGGAUACGUGCAGGCUGCAGAGCAGCAGUAGAGUAAUUGGAAAUUGUAAAACGAAAAACCACAAACCCCAUAACCCCGAACCGGCGGACAUAACAAAUAUCCUAGUAUGCAGUUGUCCGUGUCCGGGCGUGUGUGUGUGUGUGUGUGUGUGUUGCGAACCAGAAACAAAAAGAAAAACCCAUUGCACCUUUCCCCGUACGGACGGAUAGCGGUGCGUAACGAAAACUCGAAAUUCUCGUAAAAGCCUUUUUAGAUGAUAACGAUUGAUACGAUCUUCAAACCGUAUGGGUUUCACACAAUUAUUCAGGAUGUGGGCUAACUCAUCCGGUGAUCGGUGUUUCUUGUCCGGUUAGGUUUUUUGCCAUGCUUUUUGGGUUUUUAAUUCCCUUCCCCACCCCCCCCCCACCCCCCACAACCCCUGUUUUUCAAAUUACCUUAACAUAUUGUAGCGGGUAUGUACCGGUCUUUCAUAUAUACACAAUUGGAUACUCAUAGAACAAGAUGUAUGUAUGUAUGGAUGUAUGUAUGUGUGUGUGUGUACGUACGUGUCUUCUGAAGCGAGAUGGGGCUAGGGCAGAUAGCGAUAGCGAACCGAGUGGUAGCGCGCUCAAUUUGCGUUUUUGGUGCACCCAUUGCCAACAUGCAAUGGGGGAAAAAAAUAGUAUUUGUUUUCGUAUAGCAAAGAGGAAGAAGAAUAUGCAUUCCAGUGAGAAUGGUUUACGCACGAUCUAUCUAAAUAUACAUAUGAAACGACCAUUACCACAUGCAUUCGCCAUGAUUAUGCGGCCAAUUUUCCGGAUCGGCUACGGAACGACCCACACGCCGGAGUUUUUUUUUUGGUUGGCGACUGCAGAAGCAGAAUACAUAUAAACUUACAGAAAAAGGAAAAACACAUCUAGCGUUUACCCCCUCCACCCGCGAGGCACGGGCAAGGCGUGUGGGGAAUAAAAAGAAAAUUACGUCAAGACGAGUGAAUAGCUUUAAUAGAAAAUAUACGAAUUUAUAUAAUGUGUCGGUUAAAAAACACGGUGUGUCAUAAGAAACGAGAAGAAAACCCCCCCCAAAAUGGCCGUUGAUUGUGGAAAAAAACGAUGAUGGAAAAAAACGCCCCCCCCCCCCCCCCCCGGGGAAAAACGUUGCCACACUGCUCGCUCCAAUCACGAUAUUCCUUAGAGGGAAAGUGUUUUCCUCACGAUCUGUUUUUCCUGUUUUUGUAAUACGUAAAUGUACACUACUACUAAUACUACUACUACUACCAUUGCUUAGUUACUAGCCAGCAGCAGCAGCAGCAGCAGCAGCAAUGAAAAUGUGCGUCACUUGCACAACUGUAAGCUGUUUGGACAGAUAAGAUGCCAGUACGGAGGAUAACAGUAUGCUCCUCUUUUAUUUAUUUCUAUUUUCUGUCGACAAUCUUACCACGCAUACCGGAAAUAAGCAGCCAAACAGGGUCGCCAAGAUGGUCAUUCUACCUGUCAUUAGUGUUGGUGUCAAGUAGUUCUUUUCCAAGAGUAGAGGGAAGCUGCUAGCAUGUGAAAGGUGAAGCCUCCCGGUAGCUCCGGUAGCUUACUGAGGGUUAAGACCUAGAGGAAUACGAGAACCUAUCUAAUGAGGGUGAAGAGUUCGAAGAGUUCGAAGAGCUAUCUCAUUUGGGCGAAGAUUUUGAAGAGCACCCUAGUGAGGGCGAAGAUCUUAAACAGUGUAAAGAGCUAGCUCAGAAGGUUGAAGACUUCGAAGAGUGCGAAGGACUAAUUCCUAGGGACGAUUAGCUCGAAGAACGCGAGGACCUAUCUCAUGAGGGCCAAGAUCUUGCAGAGCUGCGAAGACCUAUCUCAUGAGGAUGAAGAGUGCGAAGAGUUCGAAGAGCUAUCUCGUGAGGGCGCAGAUUCUGAAGAGCUCUCUCAAAGAGCUAGCUUAGAAGGUUGAAGAUUUCGAAGAGUGCGAAGGGCUAACUCCUACGGACGAAUAGCUCGAAGAACGCGAGAAUCUAUCCCGUGAGGGCGAAGAUCUUGAAGAGGUGCGAAGACCUAUUUCAUGAGGUUGAAGAGCUCGAAGAGUUCGAAGAGCUAUCUCGUGAGGGCGCAGAUUCUGAAGAGCUCCCCAGUGAGGGCGAAGAUCUUAAGCAGUGCAUAGAGCUACCUUAGUAGGUCUAUCUCAUGAGGAUGAAGAGUGCGAAGAGUUCGAAGAGCUGUCUCUAUUCUCAGUAAAAGCGCAGAACUUUAAUAGUGCAAAGAGCUACCUUAGAAGGACGAAUACUCCUAAGGACGAAUAGCCCGAAGAGCGCGAGGAUCUAUCUAAUGAGGGCCAUCAUCUUGUAGAGUUACGAAGAGCUACUUUGGGAGCUUCAUAGGAGAACUUCCUUCUGCGGCAAUCCCUCUUUGACGCAAGUCUUCUCGACCCUGUUGAGACUAUGUCAGACAAGAGUGUGGAGCUACCAUUUUUGAAAUAGAAAAGCGCGCUCAGAUCUCUCAACUUACACUGAGGUGAGGCCUCCCGAUAGCUUGCGAGCUCACUAUCCCUACACAAGCUCCACUAGUAUUCUUUAUGUUUCCUUCCCUUCUUUACCGAGGAAAACCAAAGCUAAAAAUGAGUGAGCGAGAGACAGAAAGGAGGAGGGGAUCGCGUGAGUGUUCAUGGAAAUGAUUUACUUGAAAUCUGUCUAAUAGUAGUAUACGCUAGCAUGCUGUAUGCGCCAGACAUCAGCAGUUUGACCACUCCCUUUAGAACAUAUGGCUGUAGUUGCCCAGCAAUGUUCUACAUUGCGAUGCUUAAGGGUGGAUUACUUGGACAAGGAAUUCUGGCAGGAGGACUCUACAGAUCAAGAAGAAGACCCUCUCUCCCAAACUUGUAUCAUUUAUACUAACCGAUGCUAGCAAUCAAUUUCCUUCUUUUUUUUUGUGCCACGAUGUAGCUCCUUCGAGCUAAGCUUGCUGCCUCUCGGAGCGCAGUAACGCAUCACCGAACCGUUCUUUCCUUGCGAUAUUAACCGUACAGCCUGAGAGUUGGACUCUCGCACACUCGCACACACUAUUAGUAGCCCCUAGUAAUGCUGGUUGUAUUAUACUGCAUUAGAUACACACAUAUAUCGAUUUUCUCGAGACAGUGUGGUGAGUGAUACACUCUCUCUCUCUCUUUCUCUCUCGGGCUGAGCCAUGGCAACAACUUGUGUUGUCGAUCAGGAUGGCUUUUUGUUAUACUUUUUUGUAUUAUUCUCUCUCCCUCUUACAUCCUUCCUUUGAGAUAUAUCUCCAUCGAUUAAUAUUUGCAUGAUGAAUGGGCGAUGGUGGAGCAGAGAGAGGGAGAGAGAGAGAGAGAGAGAGAGACCGACGAGACAACGCGCAUCGGAUGAAUCAAUUUCUAGAUAGGUAGAGUAAUCGAUUCGAGACGAAAUCAUAGCUAGAGUAAAAUUUAAAAGAAAACCAACAAAACUACUAAUCAAGCACCUUUAGCAGACAACAAAAACUUUUAAAAGUAACAGUGCACCGACUACGUCAACGUCAUUAAAGAAAAAGUGGAAAAGCAAAACCAGCAACAACAACAACAAAAAAAAAACCCAAUAAAGCAGGAAAAUACUGUAACUAAUCGCA